AUGGCGGGAGGACGCGCGCCCCGCACUUCCCGGUGCCCGGGCAAGUCUCCGUGCUCCCGGGAUCUGCGGCUCGGCUCGCCUGCUUCUGUCCUGGUCGCUGCCUUUCGGGGCCUCCAUGUGACCAAGGAGCACACACGCGGGGGCGCUGCGCCGGAGCCCGGCGGGACAGAAAUGAGUCUGCGGGUGUCCGCUGAAGGCCGACCUCAACCUCGGAAGGUCCCCCGGGGGCUGGAGGCAGAGGAGCAAAGACAGCUCCCUGAAGAAGUGAUUGUAGCCGUUGUGCAGGAGACAAACGUGGGCUCGGAACCAACCUCGGGGUGGCGAACGUUAAAGAGCCUCGGGUCGCCUGGACGCCUCCAGCCGCGCGCCUCCCUCGGGGCCGCCGGCACCCAGGGCCCUCCUCGCGCGCGCUCCGGGGCGGCCUCCUGGGCUGACACCGCCUCUCCGGAGGACAUCCAUCUGCUGCCCCCAUCUUCCCCGGACACCUACUUGUCCCCACCUGACCUGCCAGCUCACCUCCCAGCUUUCCAGGGUCGAGGACGCUGCCCCCGCCCGCGGGUCGGAGGUGGAUGA